AUGUUUAGCCUCUCCGUAAACACCUUUCAACCGGGUUGGUUCGUAGCAAAGUUCUACUCUCUUGGUGGACACGACGCAACGCAACGUCAAGUCCUCGAUGGCUUUCUUCAGUGUGGCAACUCCUCUAAAAUUUCACCAUCCCAAAACGCCUCUACACAAGUGACAUCCUCUUCACCAUCUAUACCGGAGUAUCCCUCUUCGUCAUCCUCGUUGUCGGUAGCCAUUCAGCGCAACUUUGGGAAUGUGGAAAAGAUUCGCUCUCGAGAGGUUGUCGACUCCAAUCUCCAUGAGAGGGUGGGUGUUUGCAUUGUUAGGUCGCAUUCAGCAAGUCAGGAGCUGUGUCGAGCCUACGCUAAAUCCCAGCAAACAGCAACAUUUCUGGUGUAUACGAGAAAUCAUUGGUACCUCUGUCGACAAAGGCCUGGAUGCUCACCGAAAAUGAUAUGCGAGAUAACUCGCAUGAUGUUUAACAGUGGUACUCAAGUUCGGGAGGAUGAGAUUACGAGUUUGAAAGAUGCUGAAAUUCAAACUGUUGGAAAUUUUGAAGAGGUCAUGUUGGACUACAAAAGGUCAAAAAUAAAGCGAAUGCAAAAUAGGGCAUGUGGUGAUGACUCCAGCUGUACCACAGUGGUGACAGUGGAAGACGUCGUUGAGGAGGACGUGGAGGCAUGCGAAGUGACAGUUGAGAUAGAUCAAAGACCAAGAUUAUCUCGAAUGUCAUUCACAGCAUCGGAGACAUUGGACCAAAUAACCACGGAUUCAGUUUUUUCGACGAAAUGGAUGAGAGGGAAAAAGCUUAACAAAAAUUUGGUGACUAAGGCGUUGCCAAGCAGUUAUGUAGGACAGCCGAAUGGAAGGAUAAUGUCUACGGUGCUUAAGGAAGGAUCCCUUGAGAAGUGGUCUGAUGGCAAAAAAUCAUUCCAUUCUGCUUACGCGAAGCUCCUCAGCAAUGGAUACUUUCAGUGGUUUGACUCUGUGAAUUCAUCGUCUCCUAAACGUAGUAUCGACAUACGGGUUCCCUGCAAGCCAUCUGUAUUUUCUGAAUCCGAUAUUGAGAGGUCUUUUGGUGUCCCUCAUGAGGCUCAUCAAGGCACCGCUGUCUCAUUUUUCAGAUGUUCAAGUCAGGCAGAAAUGGCCUCAUGGAUGGACUCAGUGAACCGUUUGUUAUUCGGCAAUAUGGGAGCAAACUCAGGCAUAGUUCCACAACAAACUGUUCCGGUUCAGUCUGGACCUUAUCAGUCCUACGGACCCCCUUCUGGAUUUUAUUCACCCCAGUCCGCCGUGGCUCCUCCUCCAUUACCUCCUGGUGUUGCUAUCAUCCUCUCAAGUUCCACCUAUCCCCUCUCGCCCCAGUACCGUGAAUUCACUCAGCCACUCAAUUCUCUCAGUUCCUAUUUGCAAACUGUGCCUAAUCUCUCCCUUCCAGAUUAUCCAGGGCCCACCCAAUUCCCCCCAUACACACAACCACCAAUGGCACCUCCAAUGGGUGCGCCUUAUUCGGCACCACAACCGAUGCAACCGCCACUGGGUGCACCCUACGGCGCCUACCCUAACAGCAAUCAACCUGCCGCCGGCCCAAGUUACAACUACUAUCCGACGCCUCAGCAACCAAUGCCUAGCCAACAGCAGCAACAACAACAACAGGUCUUCUACGACAAGAAUGGCAAGCCCUACACCAUUGUCUACAAGGAUGGAAAGCCGAAGAAGAAGAAGUGGAAGAAGGCUGCUCUCGGCCUUGCAGCCGGAGCAGCAACAGGCUACGUGGCGGGUAAGAUGUUCGGCGGUCUUGGUCGUGCCCUUGGCUAUGGUCUCGGUGGUUGGGGCGGUGGCUGGGGACGCCCCUACUGCGGUGGUGGCUUUGGUCGCUGGGGAAGUUGGUCCUCAUUGAGCUCCUUUAGCAGCUCUGGUGGAUGGUCAUCCUAA